UUUUGUGAUUCCUUUUCAAACCUAAUUACCAGAUUUAUUUUCAUUUGUUAAUUUUAUUGACAUAAUUAUUUCAAGUUAACUGUCAAGAUAAUGUGCAAUAAUGAAACUGUGUAACUGUGGCCACAGCUUUAAACUGGGUCAACUUAUAUCCAAAAAUAGUAAUCUUUCUCUUUUCAGCUUCUUUUUGCUUUACAUCUUCUUUUCGCUUGGUUCGUUCUAUGUUACCAGGAAAUGAUCGAUUGAGUCCUUAACCUAGAGACCUAGACUCCCUCAUUGUCUCUCUCUAAUUCUCAUCAUCAUCAUCUUCAUCAUCUCUGUGCCUUAAGGUGACCUCCAUAUUGAGCCUAACAUCAUCAUCAUCAUCAUCAUCAUCAUCAUUAGCAAAAUACUACUUUACAUGUAUAGUGACUAACCCCACCCAUCAUUGUGAUUUCAUUGAAACUGAAUAGCGACAAUGAAAAUUAUUAGGUAAUAAAAAACAACAGACAUAGAACCAGAUUGAAUGAUAAAACUGGUAUCAAUAUAAGAUGAACGGAAGGAAGGAAAGUAAGUCGAGAAAGAACGAGAUUUUUUAAGACUGGAAAAGAAAGGAAAAUAAUUGAUUAAGAAUUACAUGAGAGAGGAAGAGAGAGAGAGAAGACGGAGGUUUCUGGUAAUGUUUUGCAAUUUCAUGAAAUAUCAAAAUACUCGAUAGAUAUCGAGUAUUUUUGUUCCAUAUUCCACUGAUACUUGCUAUGAUACAUGAAGACUUUCCUUUCCUUUUCCCUUUCUUUUCUUGCAUUACGUCAAUUCGUAGAAGCAGCUCAAUUUAUUUUUUUCUUCUUCCCUUUCUUUUUUCUCUUUUCCCAUGUAAAUAUCGAUAUUCCAAUAUCUUUUAUUAUCGAUAUUAAAAUUACACCAACAUGCAACAUUUAUAUAGUAUUGAACCAGAUUUUCAAUUUAGAUUUGCAUGCAUUCUUUAACCAGCCAGUUUACAAUUAAUUUCAUGUCAAGAGAAGAGAAGAAAAAAUCAAUUUAAUUUCAAUUGGGUUUCAACUAGGAAAUAUCGAUGAAACUGAUUUUUUGGUUGAUAAAAAUUGAAGUCAAUCUUUUGUAAUAAUAACCUCGUUUUAAAAUCACGAAAUUGAUUGCCCUGUGAAUAGUAAGAAUAAGCUAUUCUUCAUUAUCUGUUUCAUUAAAUUGUACAUAGACUCAAGAAGAUGAUGAUGAGAAGAGAAGAAGAUAAAUAAGGAGAAAGUGAGUGAGUCUUUCUCUUACUUAAUCAUUCUCACUCAAAUUGGAGUUGUUGGAGCGACCUCUCUAGACUUUUUUACAGAGGCUUUCUCUCUAUACUUGUCUUGAGUUGCAAUGGUGAAGUUUAGCGAGACCAGAGUUGAACAUCUAUUUUUUUUUCGUUCAUAAAGUUCAUAUUUUAAACUAAUCUAUUGUAUUAUAUUAGUGUUGUAAUUUACUGUAAUCUACUGUAAUCUACUGUAUUCUACUAUACCGAAUGUAACCUGUGUAAUUGUUAACUCUAUUGAAUAGUGUUUAUCAUCUAUAUAUACCUGUGCUAUUAACGAGACCAACCAUUAAAUUAUCAAACAGGAGAUAUAUUUAUAUAUACACAGACAACAUAAAUACACUGAUAUAUAAAUAUAUAUUACAACAGCAUUAAACCCGUCCAAUUAAAGGAAACCUUGUCAACCCUAUCAGAUCCUAAAAUGGCCCAGAAUGAUUUGGUGUCUUCUGACAAUAUUUUGCCGUUUACUUGAUUGGUUUUCAUCGUGAUUAACAAGAGAUUAACGUUUAACUUGAUUUACCUCUUUCUUCGUGCCUUUACUUUUCAAGAUCAAAAUCAAAUCCAAAUCACCAUCAUUACCAAUUCUGGAACUUUGUGAAUUUUUUGUUCCACAGUGCAUGUUUAUAUGUGUGAUAUUGUGCCUUUAUUACAAGGAGAUAACUGCCUUUUCGCCAUCAAUAUCAAUUAUCACCUAAAGUUCAGCCUGAUUUUUUAACUAAAUCACAAUUGCAGCUUAUUUUCUACUUUUGUUUUCAUCGAAAACUUACCUUGACUUUAUUUUCUCACCUUUCUUUUCCCCAAAAAGCAUUACUUUUCGCAUUGCUUCCUUUAACCUAACCUAAGAAUCAUAAGAACUUACCAAUUUGUCCUUUUUGGUACUUUUUUCUGUCUUCUUCUUCUUCUUGUUAGACCAAUUCUCCAAUCUUGUUUUUUUUCUUGUUCUCUUCUUUGUUUCAAUUCUCUUUGAUAAAUUUUGUAUUCACUCGAUAAACGAUUUAUAUAAAUACAAAAAAUCAUCAUCAUGAUGAUGUCCAAUCUUAGUGAUCAUCACAUUGAACCAUAUUUUAUGCCACCAACAGGGUCUUCUUCAAAUGAACCAAAUGGACCUACCGGUUAUGGACAUAAUCAUUUACCUUCUGCUUUAUCCUUGGCAGUCCCAUCGAUAACCAGUGCUGCUGGUCCACACUGUCCACCUGAAACACCUGAUACCAAGGAAGGUAUGGAUGAAUUGUGUCCCGUGUGUGGGGAUAAAGUUUCAGGUUACCAUUAUGGACUAUUAACCUGUGAAUCCUGUAAAGGUUUCUUCAAACGGACUGUACAAAAUAAAAAGGUUUAUACCUGUGUUGCUGAUCGUAGUUGUCACAUUGACAAAUCCCAGAGGAAACGAUGUCCAUUUUGUAGAUUUCAAAAGUGCCUUGAAGUUGGAAUGAAAUUAGAAGCUGUACGUGCUGAUCGUAUGAGAGGAGGUCGUAAUAAGUUUGGGCCAAUGUACAAAAGAGAUCGAGCUCGACGAUUACAGUUGAUGAGGCAACGUCAAAUGGUGCGUGGCGGUUCACUUGGUGGUCAUUCGGGUAACCAUAGUCCUGGUGAAGUUGGUGGUUCACCAUCACUUGCCAUGGUAGCCUCCAACAGUAACGGUGGACUGGGAGGUGGUUCAAUUUACACACCGGACGGGAUCAAGCAAGAACUUAUUCAAAUUCCUCAACUAUCAUCAUCAACCUCAUCCCCCGACUCUUCACCAACCUCUGUACCUACCACUCUUACAUCAUCAGUUUUUUCUGUCCCAGGUCAUCAUUUUGGUUCAUCCUCAUCCCAAGGACAUUCAGUCUCACAUCCUGGCUCCAUGGGUGGUGCCUCAAGUAACCCUGGAGGUCCAGCCGGUGGUGGAUCACAUGUUGACAUGGUUAAAUGGGUUCCUAAUUCAAAUGGUUCCCUUGCACCAACAGGAUUACCCAAAUCAGCUACUGGUAACUCAUCAUCCUCCUCGACUACCUCAUCAACAUCCUCACCAUCCGGUCACAAUGGUCCUGGAGGUCCAGGUGGCGGCGGUGGUGGCGGCGGUGGUAGUGGUGGUAUCAAUAAUGGUACCGCAAAUGGACCAAACAAUGGAUUACCAUUCCAUUAUGGUAGUGGUCAUGGUCCAGGAGGUAGUGAAAGUGGCGGCCAAGGGUCUUUAAUGAACAAUAAUGGUACAAAUAAUGAAACAAGUGGCUCAGGUUUACUUGGUUUAUCUCUUAAUUCAUCGUCAACUGGUCACGGCGGUGGUGGUCGUGAUAAGAUUCCCAUAAUUGUUCGUGAACUUCAAGCAACAGCUCCAGAUGAUAAUGAAUGGAGAAGCCAAUUAUUUGGACUUCUUAACAGUCAAACGUAUAACCAAUGUGAAGUUGAUCUAUUUGAAUUGAUGUGCAAAGUUAUUGAUCAAUCACUUUUUGCUCAAGUCGAUUGGGCAAGGAAUAGUAUUUUCUUUAAAGAUCUAAAAGUGGACGAUCAAAUGAAACUGUUACAACACGCAUGGAGUGAUAUGCUUGUACUAGACCACAUUCAUCAAAGGAUGCACAAUGAUUUACCCGAUGAAACAACAUUACCCAAUGGGCAAAAGUUUGAUCUCUUAGGUUUAGCUUUGCUCGGUGUUCCAACCGCAUCUGAUAAUUUGAUUCAAUGUCAAGCAAAAUUACAGCAACUCAAAUUUGAUUCAGUUGACUAUCUUUGUGUCAAAUUUUUGUUACUCUUAAAUCCUGAAGUACGAGGUCUAUCAAAUUAUAAAUUAGUUGCUGAAGCUCAUGAGCAAACCCAACAAGCUCUACACCAAUAUUGUCUUGAAAUAUAUCCUCAAAUUAACGAUAAAUUUCACCAAUUAAUGGCACAAUUACCCGCACUAAGACAAUUAACAAUACGAGGAGAGGAAUUCCUUUAUUAUAAACACCUUAACGGAGACGCUCCAUCGCAAACCUUAUUAAUGGAAAUGCUUCACGCAAAACGAAAAUAACUAUAACAUAGAUAAAUAUAUCAAUAAUACCAACAAAUCAACUCCAAGUUAACAACAAAACACACACACACAACAAUUAGCAUUACAUAAAAGUUUAUUUUUCAUCGUCAUCAUUCAAAGACAGCAACCACCAACAUGAGCAUCUUCAUCAUCAUCAACAUCAUUCUUUUUCCUUCUUCUUAUUUACUUUACUUGAGAAAGAAAACAUUUUCUUCUUUGUUUCAUUUUCUCACUCUCUUUCUGUUAUAUUAUCUUCCUUUUCUUCUCUCUCUUCCUCUGUCCAUUUAUAAAUACAAGUCUCUUUCUAUUUUCAUCAUUUUUCCCCCUUUCUUUAUAUUUACCAGUUUCUCUCUUUUUCUAGUGAAAAUAAUAAUCAGCAUUGUUCGUUGGAACGGCUCGUUGAAACGAAUCUUUCUCCCUCUUUCUCUUCCUUCUUCUUCUUUUUUUCCUCUUUCUUCUCUUUCUUUCUGCACAGUAUCUCAAAAAGCUACAUCAGUCACAUUCAAAAAUCCAUUCAAAUGAUAUAUUAGUACAUUAGGAUAUAUACGCCAUUGAAGAAGUGUAUAUAAAAAUCAUAUUUUCAUCACUUUCAUCUCCAUCUUCUUCCUCUCUCUUUCCCUUUCCUUUCUUGUGGCAUGAAGAGCCUGGAAAUAAGCAAUUGAUUAAUCACAAUCAUUGUAACAAAGAACCAGAAUGCUUUAGUUGAUCUUAUUUAAAGUAAAAAUGUAAAAUAAGAUAUUUUGGAUGAAAAAACACACAACAACAACAACAAAAUAAACCCUACUCUACAAGAGGAUAUAUUUGACUAAAAACAAAGAAGCAAAAAAUGCCUGAUUGUAAACGAAGCUGCUUAAUUGUGAAUUAAUUUUUGACCUGAAACCUGUUUAUUAAUGAUUCUCUUCCUUCAACCCUUUAACCUGUUGAUCAUUAUUAUUACUAUUAUUGACUUUUAUUAUUA